GCACUGGCUUUCGUUCUGUGCAGGUUCGGCCUCAUCUUCCUCAGCUCAAGAAGUCUCUGAGAAGAACUUCCUGUCUCUAUCAGAAAUAGAGCGGCACAAACACUAUUACCCAUCGUAGAAACAGUAAUACUCAUCUCCAUCCAUCGUACUCCGAAAGCGCCACUCUCUUUGGUAUCACACCAUCGCUGCAACUUCUGUCCGCAAAACUUCUUUAUUGGCUCAUUCUUUCGCACAAUUGCCAUCCUGACCACACACCUAGAGGGGCUUUGAGUCAGUAUACAAGCCGAACCUGCUAUUGAUCUGGGGUGUGAAUCAACUAUGAGGAAUCGAAACGCACGUAACCGUUCGCCAAACUACCACGCAGACGACUUGGCGUUCAAUGACUUGCGGAACCGUGCCCCUGUUUAUGGCAUCGAACACGAGCGGAGAGAUGUUCAAAAUCGCUUAGCGGUAUUAGCUGGCAUGGAUGGAACCGAUCAAGUUGAUGAGCAGUCUUUGCCACUAUCUUGGGACAUCCAACAAACGAGCUCAAGCACUCAUAUAUUGUCAAGCAUAGCCCUUCAGCCUGAAUUCAAUGGUCUCGCAGACCAGGUAUCCUCCAUGACCUUCGGUACAGGGGGUCAUGCAUACACGACGACUGGUCAACCGUAUCCGGCAAGUCAGACCCGAAGUGUUGAACUAGGCUUUGACUCACAUGGCCUGCCUCUUGCGUCGGAAGGUUGCAUGAAUCCCCAAUUACUGCUGUUGAACGUCGAAGAUUAUGACGGGCUCCAAGUGGACAUUCGACGACAGACAAUGGCUUUGCCUGGUAGUCUCAGCCUGAAUUACCCUGGAAUGAACUCCUAUCCCACACCUAUCCACAUGCUCACCGAGCUGGGACAUGUGCCAUACGCACGGGAAAGGCAGCACUCAAACCUCCCUUGGUCACCUGAGCAGAACAGACCAGGCGUAGCUCACACCGGGGACACCUUUGACAGGUGCCAGCAGAGGCCUCUAAUGGGCGUUGUAACGUCAUCCGGAACUCAUACGAACAGCCAUUCAUGGAUGUCGGAUGUGGGUGGCACAGGAAAUACAGACAUUUCUUGGAAUUUGGAUCCGGCGAUGCUUAGCUUCGACACCACGGCUUCGAGUUCUUCCCACUCCGCCAUGGACCAGGCUACGACUCAAAAGGCUAGUCGUGGGAUCCAGCAAGGUAGUCUGGUGAGGAAUCCAUUUCCUGGCCUGUUCCUAUUAUGAGAUUAUCGAGUAGUUUCCUCGCACCUGACCAUGGGAAUAUCCCGACAUCGCCAACGCCUUCCGAGUUCAGUGUUACUCCUUCCAUCGUACGGCCAACGCUGGUAUGCGACGUCGGUAAUUGCCGAGUACUGUUCAGUGGCAAGUUUCGACGGAGU